AUGCCGCCAAUGCCUCCGAACUUUGGAACCGUUCCACCAGUCGCCACCCAGAAAGUCGAUCAGGAGCAGACGUUGAAGAACUACUACAAGACCAAGGUCGACAAUGCACAGCAAAAGCUUCUCGAAAAAACACAAAAUGUGCGACGCUUGCAAGCGCAGAGAAACGAACUGAAUACAAAGGUUCGUCUACUCAAGGAAGAACUGCAACAAUUGCAUGAACAGGGGUCGUAUGUGGGUGAAGUCAGCAAGCCAAUGGACAAGCAAAAAGUUCUCGUUAAAGUACAUCCGGAAGGGAAAUAUGUGGUCGACCUUGACAAGAACAUCGAUGUCAACACGUUGAACACUGGAAGUCGAGUUGCGUUAAGAGCUGAUUCUUAUGCACUCCAUAAAAUUCUUCCCAGCAAGGUUGAUCCUCUUGUAUCACUGAUGAUGGUCGAAAAGGUUCCCGAUUCAACCUACGAGAUGGUUGGAGGACUCGACAAACAAAUCAAGGAGAUCAAAGAAGUGAUUGAGCUUCCCGUCAAACACCCAGAACUUUUCGAAGCUCUCGGAAUUGCGCAACCAAAGGGUGUGCUUCUUUAUGGGCCUCCUGGAACGGGGAAAACGCUGUUGGCUCGUGCAGUGGCACAUCACACAGAGUGCACAUUUAUUCGUGUCUCUGGAUCCGAACUUGUGCAAAAAUUCAUUGGAGAAGGAGCAAGAAUGGUUCGUGAACUUUUCGUAAUGGCACGAGAACACGCACCUUCAAUUAUUUUCAUGGAUGAGAUUGAUUCGAUUGGUAGCAGCAGAGUAGAGGGACACUCUGGUGGAGAUUCUGAGGUGCAACGUACUAUGCUCGAAUUGCUCAACCAACUUGAUGGUUUCGAGGCCACCAAAAACAUUAAGGUGAUUAUGGCCACGAACAGAAUCGACAUUCUUGACCCGGCUCUUCUUCGGCCAGGACGUAUCGACAGAAAAAUUGAGUUCCCAGCGCCUGAUGAGAACGCUCGUGCCGAUAUUUUGAAAAUUCACUCGAGAAAAAUGAAUCUGAUGCGUGGAAUUAACAUGCGUAAGAUUGCUGAGCAAAUUCCUGGUGCGAGUGGAGCCGAAGUUAAGUCCGUCUGUACCGAAGCUGGAAUGUUUGCCCUACGUGAACGCCGUAUCCAUGUGACACAAGAAGAUUUUGAAAUGGCUGUUGGAAAGGUGAUGCAAAAGGAUUCCGACAAGAACAUGUCCAUCAAGAAACUCUGGAAUGCGAACGCUAUCAAGCACGCAGCCCAGACUCAUGUUCAGUUGAUUGUUUUCGAUUCUUUAGAAGAGUUGCUUGCGAUAACGAAACACCAUCCAACUGCUACUCCAAUUCUUCGCAUCUCCAUUGACAACUCGCUGAAAUUUGGGCUUUUCCAACCCGAGAGCCUAUUUCAAAAAGCCAAGGAUUUGGGCAUUGACAUUGCUGGGAUCAGUUUCUAUGUCGGACCUGGGCCUGAUGGAGUUGAAAAGUUUCUUCAUGGGAUUCGUGAAGCGGGUCGAUUUUUGCAAACCGGUCAAUCUUUUGGGCAUUCGAUGAAGAUUUUCAACAUUGGUGGGAGUUUCCCGGGUGCUGCACAAGAUGGAAAGAGCUUCGUUGAGGAAAUGGAAAUCGAUGAUGGGGCAAGUUCAUCGAGUGACGAGGAGCUCGGACCCGCACCGCCAACAACUGCAUUUACAAACUCAUUAGAAGCUCGAUUGGACAUGGGCGAUGAAGAAACAGCGAAAAUCGUCUGUAGAACAGUUUCUGUUGACAAGGAACCCAAGCGAAGCUCUACGAUGAGAAACUUGUCAACGGAAGGACGCUUUUUAAUAAUUUCCCUGAAAACCACGGAUACCACCUCUUUGCGAAAGUCGUUAGCAAAUUUGAUGGAUAUGUGUGAUCUUUCCCGACAAACGGUCGAAAUGUGCAACACUAAGCCGUGGAUGGAUCGAGUACCACCGCCAUCUAAAAAACAAAAGAAUAAA